CCCAACCCCGCCAGGAGGAAAGAGGAGGAGGAGGAGGAGGAGGAAGAGGUCUGUGAGCGUCUGCCCGCCCGUGGAUUGAUGGCAGCGAAGUCCCGUGUCGCCAGCCGAGCCGAAGGCACGAUGGGGACCCGCCACCCGCCGCCAUGAGGACGAGCCGCUGCAGUCACCUGCCGGGAGUCCCGCCGGAGCGCCCGCGCCUGCCGGCACCCGAUGGCAAGACCCUGCCCGGCGGCAGCAGCGGUGGCCCAGCCAGCAGCUGCCCGCAGUAUGUCAUGCAGGUGUCGGCCAAAGAUGGGCAGCUGCUCUCCUCCGUCGUGCGGACGCUCGCCACGCAGAGCAGCCCCUUCAAUGACCGGCCGAUGUGCAGGAUCUGCCACGAGGGCAGCAGUCAGGAAGACCUUCUUUCCCCCUGCGAAUGUACGGGGACCCUGGGGACCAUUCACCGCAGCUGCCUGGAGCACUGGCUGUCAUCUUCAAACACCAGCUACUGUGAACUCUGCCACUUCAGGUUUGCAGUGGAGCGCAAACCCAGGCCAUUGGUGGAGUGGCUGAGGAACCCAGGGCCCCAGCAUGAGAAACGGACUCUCUUUGGAGACAUGGUGUGCUUCUUGUUUAUCACUCCACUGGCAACCAUCUCCGGCUGGUUGUGUCUACGAGGAGCAGUGGACCAUCUGCACUUUAGUAGUAGGCUAGAAGCUGUUGGCCUCAUUGCACUCACUGUCGCACUCUUCACUAUUUACCUCUUUUGGACCCUAGUAUCCUUUAGGUAUCACUGUAGAUUAUACAACGAAUGGCGUCGGACCAAUCAGCGGGUGAUACUCCUAAUCCCAAAGUCUGCCAACGUCCCCUCCACCCAGCAGUCCCUGCUGGGCCUGCAGUCUCUCAAAAGGAACUCAAAGGAGACCAUCGUUUGAUUUGGGCAGUUCUUCACAGGGGCCAUGCACUAUAAGUAUUUUCCUCAAACUCAUGGGGAUCAGACACCAUCCAGAACCCAGGAGUGUGCUAUUCUGAUUUACAAACUCUUUGCAGAGGAAAAAAAAUCAGUUUGAAUUCAAAUCAUGGAUGCUGCAAUCAUAUGAUAUUUGCUAAGCUGCCAAACUUGUUUAUUUAGCAGAUACUGUAUGGAAUUCCACAAACUGGUGUUAAUACUUGCAUCAUCAAGUGAUGCAAACUUUUUUAUUGUUUAAAAUAUUAAACUAUGAUAACUAACAAUGCAAAACAGGUUUAAUAAGUAAGUGCUUUGUUUUUAUGAUUUCCUGCUCCUACAGUAGUAUUUCUUUAGGUAGCUGACAGUAACCGGCGCUGUUUUUUCUUUCCUAAAGCACAGCAAUAGCAUUUCCCCAGCUGACUUUAUUUGAAAGUCCUUUAUACCACUAUUUUGGAUUAUUAAAAUUUGUGUGUAAUGAGUUCUGCAAAUUAGCACAUUAUGUAAACACUAUGAGGUGAUUAGAAAAUUAUCUUCUCUGUUUCCUAUUUGGCAGUGAAGUUCUGAUGGGAAAAUUCUUCAGUAACAGAUUAGCACAUGCAAAAGAAAGGAGUGACAAAUCACAAUAAUCUUCUUACUCAAAAGUAUUCUAGUACAUACCACUCAGGAAAAAAAUAAUUGUACUUUUUCCGCUCAGAAGCAACCACAUUCUGCACUGCAGUGCACAUUCUGCUGGUGUGAAUUGAAACUUAGCCAAGUUUACUCUGGAUCUACACCAAUCCGAAUUUAACCCUAAUUUAAGACUUGUUUUUUUCAGGAAAACUCUGCAUACAUAAUGAGUGAGGUCAUUAGACAUGUUUUAGGAGCAGGAAUUUGUCUUGCAUAAAAAUUAGCAUUAUUUUAAAGCUGCAGAAUUUUCAGCUUGACAGGUAGAUUUAGCAGAGCGUAUGUUAAAUGUGGCCUCUCAUUGCAGCACUGAGACUAAGGCUCUUUUUUAAAGAUAUAAUACACUGCCUACUAUGGUGACCAAACUGAAUUUGGAGCGUUAAGACUAGAUUUUAUUCCUGGGUGGCAUUAUCUGUUUCCCCUUUGCUUUAUUCAUUCAGCAAUUCUUCACUCCCAGAAGAGACAUACACUUAAUGUAAAGAGACUUAUUUUACAGAACUGCAUGAAAUUUCAUUAACAAAUGCUGCUAGAACUAGAAAUUGAUACAUAGCCCCCCUCUGAACAGAUUAAUUUUUUAGAAAUGUGUAUAGAUGGCAAUGCCACCAUGUGCUUUGCUUUCCAAACUCCGCAGGAGCUGAAAAUAAAAUGGAACACAUAGCAAGAUGGCUAAUAAUUUAUAAUUCAGAUAGUUCAAGGUAUUAUGGGUGUUUACUAUCAGACAAGACCUUAUUUGAUGUUGUGCGUGCUCUAUGAAAGAAAAAGCUUAGUACAAAGAACCAAACCUGUUAGGUUUUUUAUUCUGUCUUUGGACCAGUCUGGCUGCAGUCCUGUUAUUUAACAAUAUUCUUUGUAACUGUCAAUUUCAUGGGGAUAUAAGAAUCAACUACCUAUAUAAAGCAAUAACAGCCUCAUUCAGACUGUUUCACAGCAAGCCAAGAUGUGCAAGAAAAUCAUGAACCUGCAGACCUAUACUCAUUAGUCUGACAGUAAGGUCAGAGGUUGGUCAUACGUUUGGUGGUGAAUACCUGCUUCUCUUCCAGAGAAAACUAUGCAAGACUCUGAAGACAUGGAUAUCAGAAACUCUGUGAUGACCUGAGAUCUGUACUGCUUUUUUUGAAAUGGUCUUCCCAAAGGCAACUAUCUGGAUAGAAGACUGAACAUGCACAUAAGCAGGCAGUUCUAGGUUAAAAGAAAACCUGCUAGCCAGGGGUGCAGAAAAAAAGCAAGUCCAGCUGGGUCAGGACACUGUCAGGUCAGUGUUUUAAUGCCUACACAUUUGCUGGAGGUAAGCUUUCUUUAGAAUUCUAUUACUACUUUUGCUUCUUUGGGAGAUAACCCAGAAAGCUGUCCGACAACAGGUGUGUUAUUCCUAAGUACAUACUAUUCUUGGUUUUGUUUCAUGAAACAAUUCCACAUCAUCCUAAUUUUUUUAAGUAGCUACUAGGAAAACAGUUAUUCAAAUCAAGCUGCAAGGUACAUGCACAUAGAUCAGCCUAGUGACUUGGCCUAGCUUUU